GCACUGCUCAUAUUUUGUUGACAGUUAUUACUUUGUAAAUAUACAGUUUCUCUUGAGAGCUAAACACAGUGGUGUGCGUUAGUCGAGAAGGAACCGACUUAAUUGAUCGGUUCACUUAUGUGAACUAAGAGAGUCGGUAUGUAUAUUAUACAUUUCCGAACAUACGUGUACAUUCUGCUUGAAUACGACAUUGGAUUUAUUUCUUCAUUUAAAAGAUGUCAAAAAUAUUGAUACGUGUUUAAAGGUGACGGAGAGAUAAAUCAUAAUUCUACUUGUGCAUACUUUAGAAUCACUGACCCAGUGAAUUUCAAGCAUGAACUUUGAUGCUAAGACGAGUCAUAACACCUUGUCAAAAAAACGAAAGAAAAACUAAAAGUUGUAAUGGGAAAUAAAGUAAACAUAGACCGAUUAUUUUUCCUGGGGAGAGUGGGUGUCGUGUGUCAGAUCGUGAAAAUUGCGCAUCAAAUGUGAGCUAUUGUUUUAUAUAUUUGUUUGUGAGAAUCACUCAUACAAAUAAUACCAAAACCUGUAUUGACUAUGAUAAAUAGUAUCAUCAAAACAGCCAACUCUUGUUUAUAAAAUUAACCAAAUCGUUCGGAUCUCUUAAAAAUAUUCGGAAUUCCCAUUGCUAGUGAAACACAAUGACGGAAGCUGGGAAGCCUCUGAUUGGCUAAUGCUUCUGCAGUGGGCACAGAAGACGGCUUGUGAUUGGGUGGUUUUCGUCCUGGUAUCAUUCCUGAGGCUGGCGGUGGCGACCCAGCAAGAAGCUAGAGUCAGUCUGAACGUCGAGGGAGCCAUGUUGAUACCUGUUUUUGUGACAAACGGUACAUUUUCGAUGGUUAAAGGACUACGUCUGAAAGACGGGAAGCCCGAGCGGUGAUUUCCAACCGCUAUGAGAAGAGAGGACCUGGCUGGAAUGGUACAGAGCGUGUUGAAGAGCGUUGGGUUUAGGUCACUGAGCAGCUGAUUCAAAGCCAAUGAAGUUGAUGCUAGUUAGCUUGGUAGCCAGGUAGCAACAGCUGUGCGGACGCUGCGUGGGAUGCGGCUUUUGGACUCUUGCAAUACAGUUUCUCAGCUUGUUGCAUUCCGCUGAACGGACGCUCGCCAGGCUGUUGGGGAAACACUCAACGAAGCGACGACGAGACCUUUGGGUUAGCUCGGGCUUUACAAAAGAUGGCUCUGUAAAGCUAGCUAACGUUAGCAUGCUGACAAUCAGUCCGCAUCUUUCGUCACGACUGUUUGCUAGCUGAUGGGGUUCUAACUUAUUCUUUCUCUGGGGCAGUUUGCCACUAGUUUGGAGGAAAAACAGCUUCAAUAAGCCAAACAUAAUUAUGGUGGUGAAUUCGGUCUCCGGGCAAAACUACCUGUUCGCCUUCCCAGCCUGCCGAUGAGCAGCUAACGGGCUUAGCAGCAGAACUUUGCUCCGACGGGUGUCUCUCACAAGCUGCAGAGCCCUCUCUCUCGCUCGCUAGCCGAGCCUUUACCUGAAUCAAGCUGGCGGCCCUCCGGGUAGAAGCCGAGGACAAGGAGCUGGGGUCCAUGGCCUGGGUGCUGAAGAUGGACGAUGCCACCAUCGAGUCGGGGCUGGUGCAUGACUUCGAUGCUAGCCUCUCUGGCAUUGGACAGGAGCUCGGGGCUGGAGCUUACAGCAUGAGCGAUGUGCUGGCUCUGCCCAUCUUUAAGCAGGAGGACUCCAACCUUCCACCUGAAAGCAAGACCAAAAAUCCCCCAUUCCAGUAUGUGCUGUGCGCCGCCACCUCGCCUGCUGUCAAGCUGCACGACGAGACGCUCACAUACCUAAACCAAGGCCAGUCUUAUGAGAUCCGCAUGUUGGACAACAGGAAAGCAGGGGAGUUGCCAGAGCUCAACAACAAGAUGGUGAAGAGCACAGUACGGGUAGUGUUUCAUGACCGGCGGCUGCAGUACACGGAGCACCAGCAGCUGGAGGGCUGGAAGUGGAAUCGUCCUGGGGACCGUCUUCUUGACAUCGAUAUCCCCAUGUCAGUGGGCAUUGUUGAGCCCAAGACUCACCCCUCCCAGCUCAACGCUGCAGAGUUUCUGUGGGACAUGAACAAAAGAACGUCUGUUUUCGUUCAGGUGCACUGCAUCAGCACGGAGUUCACUCCCAGGAAGCAUGGCGGAGAGAAGGGCGUCCCGUUCAGGAUCCAGAUCGACACGUUCACCCAGGGAGACGGUGGAGAGUACAUAGAGCACCUCCACUCUGCUUCCUGUCAGAUUAAAGUUUUUAAGCCAAAGGGGGCGGACCGUAAGCAGAAGACUGACAGGGAGAAGAUGGAGAAGCGCACCCCUCAGGAGAAGGAGAAGUACCAACCCUCCUAUGAUACCACUAUCCUAUCAGAGACAAGGCUUGAACCCAUCAUAGAAGAUUCGGGUGACCAUGAGCUGAAAAAGUCCAGCAAGCGGACACUUCCCGCUGAUUGUGGCGACUCCUUGGCCAAGAGAGGCAGUUGCUCCCCUUGGCCAGACGCCGCCUACACCAGCACCAGCCAGGCAGCUACUCCCUCCUUCUCCUCCACCCCACUUUCCACCUACACAACCUCCUCUGUGCUGGACAGUGACUCAUCCUCACCCAAUCACCAAGCAGAUUCUGGUGGCCAUGGCAACUCAGAGCAGCUGAGUCCCACUGCCUCCAUACAGGACGCUCAGAAGUGGCUGGUGAAGAACCGCUUCAGCUCCUACACUAGACUCUUCUCUCAUUUCUCAGGUUCUGAUUUAUUGAAGUUAACUCGGGACGACCUGGUCCAGAUUUGUGGGCCAGCAGAUGGGAUCAGACUCUUCAAUGCUCUCAAGUCCAGGUCAGUGCGUCCCAGACUGACGGUGUACGUCUGUCAGGAGUCUCCUCAAGGGAGCCCCCUGCUGGAGAGACACUGCACAAUAGAAAAUGGAGAUCACCAGAGCUCUGCUAGUUUACAUGUAUACCAUGCUCUGUACUUAGAGGAUCUCACAGCUGCAGAACUCAUCCGUAAAAUUGCAUCUGUGUGCGACAUUCCGUUGGGAAGGAUCCACCAGGUGUACAGGCAGGGUCCGACAGGCAUACACAUCCUACUAAGUGACCAGAUGGUUUACAACUUCUCUGACGAGAGCUGUUUUUUGAUCAGCACUGUCAAAGAUGAGUUGGGCGAAGGACUUCAUCUAAUCUUGAAGUAGUGAGGAGCACAGAUGGCGUCACUAAUACUCCACCCUCUGCUUUGGAGCAGAAGCCUCCUUCUGUCGCUCUGCAUCCUCCCCGUCUCUGUUUAGCGAUCGCUCGAUGGAAAGCAGAGUGACUGCGCCGAAGCCAUGUAAAUGUUAGAAUCUGACAUGGGUGUGUCCACUGUUUCAUAUUGAAAACAUUAUUAAGAUGAAGGAGAUCGGUUAGAAGAAGAGAUCGGGGAGGAUUUGAGAUCAGGGGGUAGUUGACAUUGUUCAAUGUAUUUUGAUUUAAUUUUAAUUGCUUUUUUUUUUUUUCUUCUUUUUUUUUUAUUAUUGUUUCUGUGUGGAGGUGGGAGGCUCCAAGUUAGAGGGGUGGAUGGUGCUCUGGCAUGCAAGAGACGGGAAGAAAAAGUCACCUUAUUGCUUGUUGCCCUUCCUAAACAACCAGCGUUAGGCCAGUAUUUGAUGAAACUGUACUGCUGAACAGCAUGCAAUCCCUACCAAGUUGCUUGAACAACAAACUCCGCUUACUCUGCUUACUUAACAUUCUUCGACGGGGAUGUCUUAAUUAACUUUCUCUAAUUGGCUGAGCAAAUAUUCAGGGUAAAUGAGUGGAAGCGCUCUCAUUUUUGGCUUUUUUUUUUGUUUUUUUUUUUGUUUUUUUUGCUAUUUUAAAAUGAUGUUAUCAGUUCUUAUCACAUUGUCUCACUAUGUGAUUUAAACUUACAGCCAUAUCUCUGUCGACAUUGCGUCUCGCUCAGCUAACGUGUGUCCAGUACGGGCUGCGCUUUUACUGUUUUUGUUUUUUUUUUUUUUUAGUUGAUGCCUAAUUAUGAGUCGGCUCUUUCUGUUGCUCUUAAUGAAUUUACUCUCUUUCUGGUGCCAUAACAGCUCCUUAGCUUGGCUUUUUUUUUUUUUUUUUUUUUUUUUUUUUUUUUUUUUAUUCAAGUAUAUACAAGGCGUACAUACGCAUCAUUAUUUGACUUCUCUGCUUUAUUAAAACACUGGUUUACAGAAUUAUGGCAAGAGGACUUUGGAAAUUAGUUGAUAAAACCCCUCGACGAUGCUAUCCAGUGGAGCAUUAGUGCCUAUUUAAACGAAACAUACUUUAUAGUGGACCAAACAGGAAACUGACUGACUGACAGGUGUGAUCUGAGAGGGAAUAAACCGCAGUGGGUCUUGAAUUUGUGCAAAUUUAAAGCGCUAAAGCUGGUUUAAAAGUUGGGGGAGGGGAGGACUUAAAAACUGCAAAUGUUGUACCGGGUGCUGAAGCCUUGAUUCCAGAUCCAUUUUUACUGUAAACAUUAUGCAGCAGGUGAGGCAUACGGUGGCAUCUCAAUAAAUUAGAAAUCGCCAAAUUGUUUUAAGUAACUUAAUUGAAAAGGUGAAGCUCAACUUGAUUAUUACACACGGAGUGAUUUGUUUCGAGUUUGUUCAAUUUGAUGAUUCAUGAAAACCAAAAAAAUUGUUUUUUCCAAAAACUGGCUUAUUACAUGAGAUCAAAAAAGUUUUUUUUUUAUAUUAUUAUUAUUAUUAUUAUUAUUAUCAAGAAAUGUAAAGGCCUUUAGAAUCAGGUUGUAGAAGGUGCUAGUUUGAUGGUUAUGUAGCAGAAAGUUAGCCUCAAGGAGUCUGUACAAAGGGCUGUAUCCAGGCAUAUUAAUGGAAAGUUUAGUGGAAGGAGGAAAAAAGGUGGUGGGGUUAAGGUCAGAUGAGUUUGUCCCAAAUAAUCAGACUGAAAACUUCCCAAAGAACCUCAAGCAGCUUAGUUUAUGGGCCUCUCCAUUCUUCCUUAAGAUCCCUUGGGAUCAUUUUGGGACCUGUUUUUUUUUUAUAAAUUAAAUGCUAAAUUUAGUUUUCAAUAUGGAUGGAGGACAUUGGACCAUUGAGCAACACUCCUGUUUCUGCCAUUGUCUCUAGCUUUCGAAGGGGUUAAGACGAGGAAUUGGAACCUUGUGCUUCAUAUCCUGAGUAUAUCUGUGUGGUGAUUUUAUGAGCUUGUACCAUAUUUUUUCUUUCCACCCAACUUUCCAUUAAUACAGUCAGAUACAGCAGUCUGUGAACAGCCAGCUUCUUUACCAAUGACCUGAUGAGUUGGUCCACACAACCAUUUCUCAGAGAAAUGGUUGUGUGGACCAUAAAAUGGCCAUAGCAUUACACUUCUGCAUUAGUUGUUUUUAAAAAAAUUUAUUUCUUUGGUCUUUUAUUGUAAUAUAAUGUUGAGGUUUUGAAUUCUGUGGUUUCGUUAGCCCAUCAAAUUUAACGGCAAUAAAUGCUUUAAAGACCUCCUCCUGCUUAAUGAAUGUGUUUCACUUUUUGAAUUUAAUUAGUAAUUAAUGAUAUUCUAAAUAAUUGGGAUGCUCCUGUAUGCAGUGGUAAUGCACCAAAACGCCACAUCAUUCUUGGAAACUUUGUGUCGUAGCCUAGCGCAGAACGUACAGGUCGUGUUCUGAGUGGCCUUAUCAAAGAGCGAAAGGAAACCUCACGACACUCGAGGCCUCUGCUUUGGUUUAAGUUGGUCCGUUUUGGCAUUUUUGAAGAGGUUUACAUUGUCAAAGUGUCAGAAUUUGUGUGCAUGUGUAUCAUCUUGUUUAUUAUGUCAAACGUUUGUUUGGUUUUUUUUCUGCUGGUAAAAGAAGUCGUGUUUAGCUUGCUACUUAGUAAAGAGCAUGUGGAUAUUUGGGAGACAGAUCAAUUUGUCAGUGAGUGUAUCCCCCGAACUUUUCUCCCCCGUUACUUUUUUCCAUACAUUAGAGACCAAGCCUGCACUGAAGAAAUUCACAAACUUCUAGCUCGAUAUGUCGUCAUUAGUCCUACACCCCCAACAUCCUUUUCUUACUAGAUCAGAAGGAGUUCGACAAAUAAAACUCUCAAGGCUAUGAAAGCAGCUGUUUGUGUCUCGACAUGCACCAGAGCCAAGACUGUAGCUCUUGAGGCGGAUGCGAGUGCUACAACAGAGAAACCUGUGUUCAUCAACUCUAGCAUUUAUAAGAAUAGAGUGGAUGUAAAAAGGAAAAAAAGUUUUAGUCUGCUAAAGGCCUGACCAACCGUCUGCCUAUCUGUGUGAGCACGAGCCAGAAAGAGGUGACCACUGUUAACCUGAUGCUUCUCAUGUGCACAGUAUCAUAUGCUGGAGAUGUACACAACCACAUGUGCUGGGAAUAAAUAAUUUCAUAACUUU